CAUCCCCAGCCGCCCACUCCCUCUUCCACCCCCCUCGCCGCUGGUGUCCAGCCGGGCCAAUCCCUGCCGAGGCGUCGGGCGAUCAGACACGGACAUUGAUCGCCUCCGUCUCCCCUCGCGCAUUCGGACAGCAGCCGGCUUCACGCGGAGGGAGCUGCUGCUCGGUGUGGGUCGCAUCGAGAGUGGAGUGAUAGACAGAGAGGAGGGAGCAGAGGGGAUAGAGCGCACUUCAGUCAUCAACGCGUGUACUGACAUGUAUACACACACGUACACAGCGUGACAUACACACCACAUGCAUCGGUAAUCAUACGCGCAUCCUGUGCAUACACGUGCGCAUGUAUGUGCAUGUGUAAUCCACAAGCACACACACGUGUAACCGCACAUAUACACAACCUGACGCACACACAACCACACGCACACGGCUGAAUACCCCGUUACACACGCCGUACACGUAGUGAUACACACUCACUGCACACGCACACACAUUGUGACACACGCAUCGCACACACGAACGCACAUUGUGACACUCACACGCAUCGCACACACGAACGCACAUUGUGACACUCACACGCAUCGCAUACACGCACGCACAUUGUGACACUCACACGCAUCGCACGCACAUUGUGACACUCACACGCAUCGCACACACGCACGCCGUACACCCACUGCAGCACACGCGCACGCCGAACGCCUCAAGGGCGCGCCCCGCGCCUCCCCACGCGCGCGAUGGAAAAAUCCAAGAAUUUCCGCAUCGACGCUCUCCUGGCGGACGAGCCCCCCAGAAUCCGGCUCCUUCAGGGGGGGCUCUCCCUCUCUGGCGGGGGGCCAUACCAGACAAUGGGGGGCCUCUCUCCGCCCCGACGGGGCCCCGACAGUCCCCGUGGCAUCGUGAGUUGCGCUCACGACUUGCAGCAGCAGCAGCAUCAGUCCCGCCUCCACGGCCGCCUCGCCCGGACGCCGUCUCCGCCGUGCGGCGCUGCGGCGGGGGCCCCCCCCCCGGGCCUGCAGCCGCUCCCCCGCGGGGGGCUCGUCCCCAAACCGGGGGUGCUGGGCCUGCCGCACGUGGGGCUGCCGGCCGGCUCCCUGCCGGCGGUGGCGGCCUUCUACGGCUCCCCCGUGUACGGCUACCCGGGCUCCACGCUCGCCUACCCCGCCUUCCCGCACGUGGAGUCGCUCAAGGCGGCGGCCGGAGGCGGCGGCAUGCAGGGGGGGAUCUCCCUGGAGCACUGGCUGCGCGCCUCGGCGGCCGGGGUGGUGCUGCCUCGCCUACCCGAGUACACGCGCGAGUGGCACACGUCCCAGGUGCAGGCCAGCCUGCUGGGCAAGUGCCGUCGGCCACGCACAGCCUUCACGUCUCAGCAGCUGCUGGAACUGGAACAUCAGUUCAAGCUCAACAAGUACCUGUCCCGGCCCAAGCGAUUCGAGGUGGCGACGUCGCUCAUGCUCACUGAGACACAGGUCAAGAUCUGGUUCCAGAACCGGCGCAUGAAGUGGAAGCGAAGCAAGAAGGCGCGCGAGCAGCAGGCGGGGGGCGCGGACAAGGGCCCCCGCGGGGGGGGCCCCGCCGCCUCCGCGGGGGGCGGCGGCAAGGAGCGGGCCCAGGGCAAGGGGACGCCGCCGGGGCCCGGCACCCCCUCAGCCUCCGAGGCGUCCAAGGAGCGCGGCGGGGUGACGAGGGGAGCCCCGGCUCUGGGAGCCGCGUGCGGCGAAGGGGUCCGAGGCGAGGAGAGCCGGGGGGCCGAGGCCCGCGCCGGAGCUCGCCCGGGGGCGCCGUCCCCCGCAGCGUCGCCCUCCGUGGACGGAGACGACGAGGAGGAGGAGGAUCUGGAAGACGACGAGGAUGAGGAGGAGGAAGAGGAGGAGUACGAGGAGGAGGAGAGGGUGGGCGCGAUCCGGGCUCGCUCGCCGCUGCUGUGGGGCGAGCAGGAGGAGCUGUCUAUAGGGCCGCUGGCGCAGGCGGCUCCGCGCCUCUACUGAGAGAUUUGGGGGGGACCAGUGGCGAUUCUCUGGGGGGCCGCGUGAGGGGGGCACGCACCCUCCCCCCGACUCCCUUCCGUGUACCCCCCCCCCCCCCAAUGCCUAAGUGGCUCCUCCGGGCGGCUGGGGAGGCACUCGAGCAAACGAGGCCAUCACGGACAAUGAAGUUGAUGUCAUCACCACACCUCGCUCGGCAUCGCUUCCUUCCUCCUGCCACAUCCAGCAGCAGCAGAAGCUGCCGAGCCCGGACCUCCAGGUUGAGCUCUUCCUCUGAGAGUGUCCCCCACGCCAAGUGGGCCUGCUCAAGGGGCUCUGGACUCGCCACUGUUGUGAGUGUGGAGGGGCCCCAGAGACGUUGACUGCUCACUCGAGACAGGAGACGGCGGCUGAGGAUCCGCGAGGGUUGGACAGCGCUGCUUACUGUACAUACGGCAGUAUACAUACACAGUAUAUGUACAGUACAGAGCGCGUGCAUGUGUGCGCAGUGCACGCGUCGUGUGCGUGCGUCAGAGGUGCGCGCGCUCUUCAUUACUCGGACGCGAUCCACGGGACCUGCUGUGGCAGGACACACGUGCACACCUACAGCUCGCUACUUCGACGGUACAUGGGGUUUCUCGGGUUGUACCACGCGUUGUUCGGCACGAUGUCCGACGUUUCGCCUAUCCGUGGGAAAUUGGUUCAGUUGAGAACAGCACGCGUUGCAACGCGAGAUCAGAUCGCAGCGCCAGUGGUGGUCGUCACGUGAGAACGAACUCUGGAAGAUUCGUGACGCUGCGAGAAUCUCUGACUGGGCGCCCGCGCGCACGAGCCCCGACACUGGCCCGCAACCACGUGGGACGCUUCCUGCCGCUGUUUAGCUCCGGCCAGGAUGACGAACAUGCGACGCGGACAGCAACAAACAGCACCAAUACAAUAAAUUGUGUCUGAGAGUGAAAACGUUUCACGCAUUCGCCAAAGCACGUGGACGAGGUGAAGUUGAACAGCUCAUUCCUCCCAGGCCACACAUUCACUUCCAUUCAAAUACAAACAAAUUCAGUCCUUACAUGCCUCACGAGCCUGAUGAUUGCUAAACACAGAUAACGAUCCCCGUAUAGCCUCUAAUAAACUGUUCGGGACAGGUGCUGUUAGCGCACCUGUGAAGGCCAGCACGUCACACAAGGGGGUGGGUGGCCAGCAUUACGCCCGACCGCCUUUGUUUCCCCAGUGACGAUGUUUACAAACCGCACCAGGUACUCGUUUGAGGCUGAGUCGAUCUAGAGCAGGUCCAGGUUCUGAGCUCAGCCGUCUAACCACUGCGCCACCGUUCCCCCGUUGGUUGCUCAAGACUCCCCAAGUGACACACGCGCACACACACACGUACACACACACACACGCACACACACACAGGUACACACACACGUACACACAAACGUACACACACGUACACACACACGCAGAAGGCCUCCAUAGCUAUGUUAAUUAUCACUCUGUGGGUCAUGUGGGACGUGUUUAAACAUCAUCAGACGCGUGCAGUGUGUGACGACUGAAUAUCAAGUUUUAGAAGCGCGUGAACUUGGUGAAGGCGCGGUGGGUCGCGAGCACUCGGGUCCUGCUGGCUCGGAGCAGUUGCCACUGAGAGCCACCCUCGAUGACGUGACGGUGAUGACGAUGAUGAUGAUGGCACCGCGAUGAUUGUGAUGUUUCUUCGAUGCUGCACUUUCCGUCUUGUUCGUUUACACGAAAUCGCCACGGGUCGGAUCACCACUCUCAGCAACAGCGUUACCAGCGGGGGGAGGGGGAGAUGGAGGGUGGGGGUGUACAAUACGUGAAAUGUAAACAAAACGUACAGUGAGCUAGUCUUAUUGCUAUCGCUAAUAUACAUGUGUGUGUGUACAAUGUAGGCUAUACGGGGACCUGUGCAUAUUUUAUUUUUUAUAUCUUAUUUAAGUGAAUGUAUUCGCGUUGGAUUACGGUGUGCAUGUUGUGUUGUCGUCUCCCCCUGCAAGUCACCGCCACCAGCACCACCACCGCUCGCGACGGGAAUCCACGCGGCCAGAUCCACGGCCACGCGAAUCGGGGGGCACUCUUCCAAAAUCACCCCCCCCCCCUGCACCCCCCCGUCCAUUGCCGGUGAUAGAACGGGUACAAGCGCACGUACACCGCGGAGAUGGAACGCUGAAACCGGUUCAUGUGCAGGCUGAACUGAGACGGAUCGCGAGAGCGUGGGGAGGGCGACCUUCAUCCAACAGUUGAUUGACAACGGCUGCUGCUGCUGCUGAUUACGGUGUUCGCUGGUGAUGUUGAAGAGGAGAAAUCGUCAAGUUUUCGUGAAACAUCGAACGGACAAGGCCCCGCGCGCCGCGCCACGCGGGGCCCAGCGCGGCGCGCACAGAGAGCGCGUGGUGGCACCGUGCGGCACACGGCUUGUGUGGGUACAGGUGUGUGUGUAUAUAUAUGUGAUGUGGUACACAGGUGUGUGUGUGUGAUGUGGUACACGAGCAGGUGCGAAACCUCAUAGCUACAAGCCACGGACACAACACCGGUGAGACAUGGCGACUUACUCGUUGCCAUUCGUUCUCCCGACGCGGCAGCCGUGGGUAGAUCUCCACUCCCCCCGUCUCUGCACCCAGCAGCAUGCAUGGGUCACCACCAUCGGUCGGUAUGUCGCGAGCGGUGGGGUAAAGUGUGGGUACUUCCACAUCUUCGAAGACGUCUUAGCCAGCGCGCCGGAGC